CUGGUGGUCGUCGUCGACGACGACGACUGCGACGACGACGACGACGGCGACGGCGACGUAUGCGCGAAUCUCCGUCAGUCGGCGACGGAGUUGCCUGGUUGCAGCGUGGGUGGUACGCGCGCGCGUCGCCCCGGCCAGCUCGAUUCGAUUAAACAUCGUCCGCAGCCCUCGCUCGCCGCGGCGGGGUGAGACCUCGUGCAGUGGCUCGUUAUGCCGUGCGCCGUCAUCCCCCCGCGCGUACGCCAGGGUCGCGUCGCGGGACGCGAGUCGGGAUAAGAGCGUCGCGAUUCUCGCGCGUCCAGACGCGUCGCGGGGAAAAACCGCGGACGACCGGGCCGACUCCCAUUCGUACGUCGACACGCGGGCGCGGGAGGUAAUUGAAAGGAACCUCGGCGAGGCUGCUUCUCUCGCGAGGCCGUGCGUGCGCGUGCGAACGGCGGGAUGAGUACGCACCGAUCGCGACCCGUGACACCGUCGUCCACUGUGCCGAAGGCGCGGAUGUGCAAAUCUUGGCGGAUGCCUGUCGGUGCAUUUAAAAGUUCCGGAGAGUUUCCGAGACAUCAAGUCUCACGGAUCGCCGUCUAAUCUCUCGUGUCAAGGCUCCCCCCACCCUUCACUCCUUCAAACAAAUACGAGUUCGCGAGAGCGUUGAAAUUUUGAAUCGCGAAGAUCGUCGGGUUUGUCGCAAAGUUAAGUCGGAAAAUUGGAUCGGCGUUUACGUGGUUGCGUUCUUUGAGUAACUUAAUUUUAGGUUCCUGAUAAUUCCGACGCGAGGCUCCGCGGAGAAAGGAAACUUACCCCAAAUUUAUCCGCGGAACGAGGCGCAUCAGCAGCGAGAUAGUCGAUCACGUGUCGGCGUUCUCGCGAGGCACGGCGGCUGCUCGAUGACAGUCUUCCUUUCUCGAGAGGACGAAGAAGCCGAGGACGAAGAGAACGGUGGCUCGCGGAAAGACGGAUGUCCACGUCGCGAUCGGCGAUGCCGUGCGAGAGUAUCAGGGGACGAGCGGCGAACAGUUGAGACAUCCUUGACGAGGGUAAACCGUUCGCGAAAUAUAACGAGAUUGACAGAAACGCGACGAGAUGACGCGGGGUCACUUCUGAUCUCCCGCGACCCCGAGGAAGGCGCCGCUACGACAGCAUGAUGUGGAAGGCGAAAUGGUCGCGCUUCACCGAGUGCUUCUGCCGACGGCCCGGCCUGGUUUUGGUUCUGCUGCCGUGUCUGAUCGUCGUCACCCUCUAUCUCGUUUCCGGCGACGAGUACGAAUACGACGUUCUACAGUAUCCGUCCUUCAAGUCGUACAACAUCGCUGAAGGCAUGGUGGAUGGUUACCUCGUGUGGAACCCGAAAUGUCACAUGCUGUCCAAAAAGCCUCUGGAACCGUCCAUCGCGAGAUUCGUGAGGAAGGAAAAACUGGAGAAAUGCCCGAACGAUCGCGUCCUCUCGCAAAUUUCGAGGGAACCCAACGGCAGCGUGUUUCUUUCCCUUGAUCCCGCCAUAAAGACCAUGCACAGCGAUGUCGCCUGCUGUUGGUCGUCCGUAGUCAGGCCCAAAGUGGAUAGGCCCAAGAAGGACAACUACGACUCUACGAUAUCAGUCAAGCAGUGCGAGAACUUCACGGGACAAGUGGUGCUUCCGCGCGAAGUGGAGGUGGCGUACGUGUCAUGCAAGGCGAAGACGAAGUCGAAGCCAAAAGCGAAGACGAAGAAGGCGAAGCAGUCGACGAAUACGGUAUACGAGAACGUUCACGCGAUCCUGAACCCGGAGAAGGUACGCGAGCGCAUAGAUCACAACGGCAACCAAACCGGAAACUUUUCGAGGAAGUUAAGCGUGCUCGUCCUCGGCAUCGACAGUGUCAGUCGGCUGAACUUCUACCGGGCCAUGCCGAAGACCGAGAGAUAUCUGCGCGAGACCGGCUGGAUCGGUCUGAAGGGCUACAACAAGAUCGGCGAUAACACGUUUCCGAAUCUGAUGGCGAUCCUGACCGGUCAGACCCCGCAGCAGGCGUACUCGCGGUGCAAGCCGACAGUGGCCUACAAGCUCGACAACUGCCCCUUCCUCUGGCACAACUUUCGCAACGCCGGCUACGUCACGGCCUACGGAGAGGAUGAAACCAUCCUGAACACGUUCAACUACCUCAAGGUCGGCUUCGUCGAGCCGCCUACGGAUUACUACUUGAGACCCUACAUGCUGGCCAGCGAGAAGCUUCUCAAAAUCAAGAAAAGAUUCAACAUGAAAUACUGUACGGGACCCGAGUUGAGCUUCGAACGGAUCUUCGACUACGCCAUGAACUUUGCCCAAACCUUCGUCGGCGUGCCGUACUUUGGUUUCUUCUGGACGAACACGAUCAGCCACGAUAACAUGAACAGCAUCUCGUCGAUGGACGCCCGCGUGUUGAAGAGAUUCGAGUUUUUGGAACAGGAGGGAAUGCUGAACGACUCCAUGAUAGUCUUCCUGAGUGACCACGGCAUGCGCUGGGGCGAGUUUCGCAACACCUUCGUCGGCUGGUACGAGGAGAGAUUACCGUACAUCUACAUCUGGCUGCCCGAAUGGUUCCGCCGAGAGAAUCCCGAGGCCCAUCGAGCCCUCGCGGUGAAUCAGAACCGACUCACCUCGCCCUUCGAUCUCUACGAGACGCUGCGGGAUGUCCUCGUUAUCGCAGGCGGCGACGCCGAUUUCAGUUCGGGAUGUUCUACCUGCCAGUCCCUGUUCACCCCCGUCCCCAGAGAAAGGGGCUGCCAGGACGCGGGUGUGGCUUAUCAUUGGUGCACUUGUACGGCCUUCAAGUCGGUCAACGUCAACGACAGGAUCGUCGCCGGUGGCGUGCACAAGUUCCUGGAUCAUGUUGAGAGCAUCGUGAAAAAUUACAAGGACAAGAAGGGCCGGCGGCUGUGCGCAAAGCUCAAGCUGAAGAAGGUGCACCGGGUGGACCAGGUGAUCGACUUCGGUAUGGAUAGCCCGUCCAAUGUCGCGUAUUUCUACAUGCUUCAGACGGCACCCGGCAACGGCAACUUCGAGGUGACCAUCAGGUAUUACGGCGACGGCAAUUACACUCUAUCCGACAGCGAGGUCAGCAGAAUCAACCCUUACGCCGUGAGCGCCAGGUGUCUAAAUCGUGGCAUGAAGCAGUAUUGUCACUGCGUCAAGUAGACAUCGCGAACCCACUCAAGUUUCAAGGCUUUGUACGCGUUAUCGCGACUUUGUACUUCAUUAGCGUUUCGACGAGUCGACUCGCGAUCGUUGCAGAAAGGAGUCAACUAUUUUAAGCUGGAAAUGUAUAACUUGCUUAGAAAACAAGCGACUCCCAAAUUGAAAAUACUUUGCGGCGAAAAAUAUUCAAACGUUGCUUUAAACAACACUGGUCUAUAACGAAAAUGCCUCGGAAAAUUGACGAAUCAAUAAUUCGGGGUCGCUAAAUCCGAGUAUUAGUGAACAUUUUUUAUUAGUUCUAGUCUCGAUGAUAUAGAUAGGGGUUUGAAGUCUCCAAAACCGCUCUUGAGGUCUGUAACGUUACAACGAAACGUGAUAAAUGACUCAAAAACGAUUGAGAAGAAAGCUUAUCUUCUGUUUUAUCAAGAAAAAAUUCAAUUUUUGCAAAUGUAAUGUUUGCAUCCCUGAAAUGAUUUUGAACUUGAUUAGACAAACAAACUUACACCCAGCGAGAAAUGAUUCGUCGAUCGACGUCGAAAUGAUGUCGAAUCGACGUCAAUU